AAAACGCUAUCCGUCUGCGCUUACGCAGGUUCCAUCUGGACGGUCCCCAUCACAGCCAAAUUUUUUCAUCCAUGCAUAUUGGAUGCAAACUAAGUACUUUUCAAAAGUACUUAUACACUUGAUAUUCUCAACAACAUUUUUUUACAAUUGUUUCUUUUUUGUGGCAGAUUCGAUUGAGGAGAAUCCUUGUCUGUGUUUAUUUUGGAUUUCAAACUUCUGCUCACCAUCACCACCACGAUGUCCCACUUGUUGAUGGCUCAUUGUUGUCGUUCCUGAGGAGCCAUCAGGGCUGGUUCUGAGCCACGGACUUCAGCAGAGAAUAGCGGCUUUGAUGUCGGUGUAGAGAAGAGCAGAGUGUAGCCGUAGCAGCCACGUUUUGAUUGCGACUUUUGGUAUUGAGAAGCUAAGCGGCGACAGGAGAGCUACGAGGAGAAAGCUGGCAUCCACCUUUCUGCGUACGUAUGUAAUAACCAGCAGCAACAGUUCUAGCUGAACCACUUCUGUCAAGCAGCUACAGCGGAACCCACGACCUUUCGCUAGCUUGUAAUUACAGGCGACGGUAGUGCUAGCUGAAAAGUCGAACCUUUCUGAGACGCGCUCUUUUAGGUGAGCCUCCUCUAUGUAGCAGCAACGCUAGUUGCACGGGCUCAGGAGUAGACUUUUUCUACGUGGCAUUGAGUCUUGUCGGAGCUCAUCUUCUACGUGGCAUAUGAGCAGCACAAUGGCCCCUGAAGAAGCGGAGAAAAAGGUUAAGACUUGCCGUAAUUCAUCUUCAGAGGCAUCCCUGAGGACGCGUGUUCAAGGAGGAAAUACGUGCCGUUCAAGGAACGGCGUUGAACAAAAGAUUGAACACUGAUCUUUUUAGCAGUUGCACUGCUCAAAAGAUUGAGCGACUGCUGAAAAGGUUCGACAAGAUGAAUUGUUCUAAGCUCUAAGAAGGAUGAGCAGGAGGUGAUAAAUCCCUUCUUGAAGCAUACGGGAAAGGAGAUUUCCCUCGUAGAAUGCCCGAAAGGACAUGGAUUGAAUUAUGGCUUCUGGUGAUGUCACUGCUCAUGGUUGCUUCGUAGGCCUCAUAGGAGGUUUAGGGUUCAUUUUUUUCGAAAAUUUGCAUCCUCAGGGUUGUAUUCACAGUACCUCUACUACACGAUCGGCAGAAAACAAUGUGUUAUCUCCACUAUCCGUACUAGGUUGUCACCUCAUUUUUCCUACACCCGUGGAUUAAGGAUAGGAUCACCGCGUUGUUUCAGUAUCUCGCUGAUUUUAAGUAGUUGCUUGCUUGUUUCAGUUUUUCGAAUCCUUACAUGUAGUCUUACGGUUAUCACCUCUAAUAUCAUUUUAUGCGGCUAUACAAUCAUUGGCUUCUUCUAUGUAGUUUACUCGAACUCCACUCUAUGUAGUCUUACGGUUUCUAUGUACUACAUUCUUUCUAUGAUCUUCACUCUAAUCUCCACUCUUCGUGUCGCCACUUGGGAAGCCAUGCGCCGUAUGUGGCAAGCAGAUGCCAAAUGGCGACCGGGCGUGGCGGUGCUUUCCUUGCGAUUUUCACAUAUGUAUUGACUGCCACGAAAAAGGAGGUCAAUACGACAGAGGGACGGUGCAGGAGAGUGAAGGGUAUUUUCUAUUCCAUUUUUGGUAUGUAUUGACUGCCACGAAAAGGGAGGUCAAUACGACAGAGGAACCGUGCAGGAGAGUUGUGAAGGGUAUUUUCUAUUCCAUUUUUGAUAUGUAUUGACUGCCACGAAAAGGCAGGUCAAUACGACAGAGGAACCGUGCAGGAGAGUGAAGGGUAUUUUCUAUUCCAUUUUUGAUAUGUAUUGACUGCCACGAAAAGGCAGGUCAAUACGACAGAGGACCCGUGCAGGAGAGUGAAGGGUAUUUUCUAUUCCAUUUUUGAUAUGUAUUGACUGCCACGAAAAGGCAGGUCAAUGCGACAGAGGAACCGUGCAGGAGAGUGAAGGGUAUUUUCUAUUCCAUUUUUGAUAUGUAUUGACUGCCACGAAAAGGCAGGUCAAUACGACAGAGGACCCGUGCAGGAGAGUUGUGAAGGGUAUUUUUUGCCGCUCGCCGUCUCAGAGACUUGAUGGAAGUCCUGACUACAAUUUCACCCCAUAGGAAUACUGAUCUUAGAAAGCCCUAGGCUCACCUGAUUACUCCAGUUUUGGAGUAAUUUCUGAAUUCUUCCUUAGUUCUUAGGGCUCUAGCUACCAAAAAUAGUUUCUAUUAUCGGAAUAAUCUGCGAUUGACCACACUCACUCUCACAUUGAAAAUCUAUUUUGUCUUCAGUUGUUGGGUCAGUAUGUUGCGUCGAGUGUCUAUGUCUACUUGACAAGCUCUAACUCAAAAAGAAUGUACCAAUAAACACCACUCCCAAGCAGGUAUCACAACCCCAACUGGGAUGGCAAACCUAUGGACCCUUUCGGCGACAUCACAACACGAGACGUCACAACUCUGAGGGAUUUGCUGUCGAAGUAUGCGGAGUCCACGCGCCUUCUAACCGUGAAGUGUGAAUGCGUGAUACCAGAUUAAGGGUAGGUUAAAGGUGCUUUUCUUACCGCUUUUUAUGCCUCUCUCCCUUAGGAGGAGAAAGGCAUAAAAAGCGGGGUAAGCGAGCACCAAAAACCUACCUCUAACCAGAUUACAGUAAUCGCGGACACACAGGUCUCUCAGUGGAGCACGUGCACAAAGUGGCUCAGAGCAUGGCUAGAGGGUUUCGGGUCAGGGACUUUAUGAACAACGAGAACGAUUCCAAGUCCAUGUGAAUUUAGCUAUCACAUUUACAGAAGAACAUCUAGCUUCUUUUUUGAAGAACAGCUAUCUAGCUUCUUUUUUGAAGAACAGCUUGGAAUAGCGCAAGAAGCACUCUAAUAUCCACUUCAUUAAGAAGUCUUUCUUACCAUCUACCUUCUACUUGACUAUUACACCUACAAUUUCGAGAUACCUUCAUCAUUCUUUUUAUUAUAAGAAGUCUUUCUUGUCACAACUCUUCCUCGUGAGAAACCUCUCUCUCUCUCCCUUUCCUUCCUUCCACCCCUUCACUUCCAUAGACGACACUGAGUAUCAAGGCUACGACAUACCGGUUCUAGUGCGGGAAACGACACAGACUGAAGGGGGGAAGGACGCUCUGAAAAACUGGUCUGGGAUAGUCAUGGAGACCCCAGGUUUUCCGAAACCUAGUGUACAGCUCUUGAGGAAGAGCAAGGAAAGCGAAUUAUUUUGCUCCCUAGGGAAUGGACAUUUUUUUCAAGCGUUGAAUUGCUUUAGGACAGGGGUGAAGAGCAUAUGGACCCAAGAAGGAUUUGGUAGUUGUUUUUUCUGAGAAGUUAUGAGUUUUUUGAUGUAGGGCGUCAUUAGGUAUAAGUCUUCUUUCUUGUUUGGUUCCUUUUCCUGUACAACUUUUUUUGCUUCUAAAAAAGUCAAUGGUCAUCAUCUACAUCAUGCACGAAGAGGUCUUUCGGAAUGAUUACUAUUUGAUGUCUUCAAUCUUCAACAUCUCAACACUGCAGCCCGUCCCGACGACCAUUUAUCAUACGUCGAUUCCUAUGUGGUACCUGAUGAGCAUGGCAGUAACCCAAUGCUGAGAGACGCGGUUCUUAACGGCGUUCCAGCUCUAGUCCUGAAGCCAGAUAUACCACUCAAAGAACGAGUUAUCAUAUGCGAGCUACUAAACAAGCUUUCGGAUUAUAGAUGGGCGCUGAAAGCUGGUACUGAUCUGUGCUGGAGCAGUAUUUUUGUAGCGACUAAAGUAUUGUCACUAUCACUUCUAAACCAGUCGUGGUGCUGUGAUCAGGCGUAGUAGGCGAAGGACCCUGCUCAAUCAGCUAUUGAGACGAAGUGCGUGAUGACUUGGAGGCUGUGCUCUAGAAAAAUGAAAAUAAAAGCAGAGCUUGACAUCAUAGAAUAAGCAUGGGCAACAAGCCUGAAGAUCCGAUCACAAGGAAAAUUCAAAUUCUUGUCCAAACUGCUCCAGGUCCCUCCCUCGCAACCGACCCGAAAGAUUUUGUCGUGGAUCUCGACUCCUUAAAGGAGGUAGACGUCAAGCAGAGUCAAUUCGAGCUGCUCUCUAAGGCACUAGACGGCCUGGAACUCAACUGCUUAGUGCGCCAGGAGACGGGUCAGAGUGGAGGGGACCGUGUGGGGAAUUGAUGGGGGAACGCUUAACAUGGGACGAGGCUGACGAUAUUAAGUCCGGUUGGUAGUAAAGGAACGCUUAGGACGAGGCUGACGAUGUUAAGUCCGGUUGGUAGUAGCAUGAGAUACGGUCGUAAGACGUGGGAAUAGGAGCCUCUUGAAACAAUACCUCAAGAACACCCAGGUCCCAAAGAAAAAAAACCUCAAGAACAUUUACAUGAAUGAAUGAAUGAAUGAAUGAAUGAAUGAAUGAAUACCGCAGAUCUCCCAGAUAAUGGUUUUGAUGAAAUUUUUGUUAAUACUGUGGCUCAAGUUAUUAUACCCCCUCUUGCAUUUUUGUGACUUGCAACUUUUGGUUUGCUGUCCCCUCAGCAAUUUUCUAACCCCUUAGUGCUCAAAUUAAUAACUGUAUUCUGCCUUCGUAGUCGUCGUCAUGCUUCGGCGUAUGUUGCUACUUAGGAUUGCGUGUGUGAUAGACUCAGCCUCGAUGAAUAAUCAUCGAAAUAAUGCGGGCUUAAUCCUGCGGGUGGUGUAGUCUCUAUCUCAAAUGUACUAAACUCAGUAUCUUCUCGUCUGAAAAACUGUGCAUCUUCUUCGUCUCAACUAACAGCACCACGGCAUCGAUGAAUGUACGAUAUUGUUGUGCAAAUGAUACAUACUCAUCUACCUAGCCACUUUGCACCACGUCUUAUGUCCUCACUCAUCUACCUAGCCACUUUGCACCACGUCUUAUGUCCUCACUCAUCUACCUAGCCACUUUGCACCACGUCUUAUGUCCUAUUAUUAUGAACAUAGACAUACCUGCUGGAUUCCUCACCAUCAACUUGAAAAUCUUUAUUUCGUGCCACAACUUCAACCAGUCGGGAUGAUAUCAUGGGUAAACACGUCCACACAAAAAAUCAUUAUGAGGGAUGACACUUAUGCUUCUAGGGGCGUUGCCUCCUUGCCAUCGAAAUGUACUCUAUGACCUAACCCUUUAACACGCGCAAGAGCAAGAGGAUUCUUCUAUAAAUGUCAUCUAGGUGAAGACGAAAGAAGUCUCCAAAACAU